CUGGCCGUAGCCGUGGGAUUUAGCCUGCUGAAAGGUUGAGCGCGGGGAUAUAAAAGGACCCUCUGAAUAUGAGUGAUGACAGACCAUUUAUAUGCACUGUUCCUGGAUGUGGUCAACGUUUCACCAAUGAAGACCAUUUGGCUGUACAUAAACACAAACAUGAGAUGACACUGAAGUUUGGUCCAGCACGAAAUGACAGUGUCAUAGUUGCGGACCAGACGCCGACACCUACUCGUUUUCUGAAGAACUGCGAAGAAGUGGGGCUGUUCAAUGAACUCACCAGCCCGUUUGAGCACGACUUCAAAAAGGCCUCUGAUGAGGAUAUUAGAAAGCUGCCCUUAGAUUUGUCCCCGAUCGCUACGCCUGUCAUAAGAGCUAAAAUUGAGGAAACUUCUGCCGUCGAGGCCCACAGAGACAGCCCUCUGCCCCAUCCAGAAUCCACCACCUGUGAUGACAAGGACGUUUCUUUGCUGCCCGCCGCACGGCCGGCCACCGCCGUAGUGCCCAGCGUCCUCCUGGCGAGCUCAGACGCCAGUGUGGUAAUACAGCAAGUCCUCCCCUCGCCAACCGCUAGCUCUGUAAUCACACAGGUCCCGGCCUCAAACAGGCCCUUAGUUCCCGUCUCUGGUGCCUUCCCUGUGCUCCUGCAGCUCCCUAACGGCCAGACGAUGCCUGUCGCCAUCCCGGCGUCCGUGGCCAACCCAAGUGUACAUAUUCCCACCGCCCUCCCCCUCAUCAGACCCGUCGCCGUCGUGCCUAGCGUGCCAGGAAUCCCAGGACCCUCCUCCCCUGCUCCUGUCCAAUCAGAGGCCAAGAUGAGGCUGAAAGCAUCACUGACCCAGCAGAACCCUCAGGUAACCAAUGGGGAGGUGGGCGACGCCCCAACCGAUGCUGUGACCCUCACUCUGGCCCCACCCACCCCCCAACCUGAGGAGCCGUGCCCCCAGCAGCCUGCCACCUCCACCACAGAGACACCCGCGUCUCCGGCCCCUCCUGCCCGCCACAACCCUAGCACCGGGGGCCGACGGCGGAGGGCCGCGAGCGAAGACCCGGACGAGAAGAGACGCAAGUUCCUGGAGCGCAACCGGGCGGCAGCCUCGCGGUGCAGGCAGAAGAGGAAGGUGUGGGUCCAGUCCCUGGAAAAGAAGGCCGAAGAUCUGAGCUCUGUCAACGGACAGCUGCAGAAUGAAGUCACCCUGCUGAGAAAUGAAGUGGCCCAGCUGAAGCAGCUUCUCCUGGCUCAUAAAGAUUGCCCCGUAACCGCCAUGCAGAAGAGGUCUGGCUAUCACAGUGAGUAA